UUUGCAACUAGGUGGCAACGCUCAGUUCACACAACUUGCUUCAGUUUUUCUCAUUCAUUUACUUUUGUUUAUUUUUUCUAUUGUUUAGUUAAAGUGCGAAAAGGCAGCUUUUGAAAAUGGCUCGCUACUUUAAAGAACAGGAUAUCGAUGAAUUCCGUGAAUGUUUUUAUCUAUUCGCCCGUUCGGGCCAAAUUAACAAUUUGGACGAACUAACGGUUAUUAUGCGCUCUUUGGGCUUGUCACCGACAAUUCAGGAGUUGGUAUCAUAUCUCAAACAAAAGAACGGAAAAAUGAGUUUCGCCGACUUUCUCGAUAUUAUGCAUCAGCAUUCCUCUGUCGAGAAUCUGCCCGAUGAAGUUAUAGCCGCUUUUAAGGCAGCCGAUCCACAGAAUAAGGGCACCAUAUCGGCCAAACAGCUGCGCAACUUGCUGCAAAACUGGGGCGAGGGCCUAUCCGUCCGCGAGGUGGACAACAUUUUCCGGGAGGCAAAUGUGAACAAUAAUAGCACAGUUCGCUAUGCCGAUUUUGUGAAAAUAGCCUGUGCUCCUGUGCCAGACUAUUACUAGGAGAGAGCAGAGAGAACCGUUAUAGAUAUAGCUUAUAUAUCCUUGCACAAAAGACAUUCAUCAAACUAGAUUUCAAUUUUUUACACAAAAAACCGAUCGUUUACGGAUGACAUAUUUGAUUAAGCAAUUUGGGUAGACAAAAAAAGUUAUUCAAGCAAGAACCCUUAGCAAUAAGAAAUUUUGGCUGUUUGGAAAGCAAACUUCUCAAUCAAUGGAUAAUUUAAAUUCCCUCUGAAAGGAUUAUUAAGCAAAUCACAAACAAUUCUCUGCCAAUAAACAAUUUACAUUCCACUACUUAUUUAAAAAAUAUAUACGCAAUAAAAUGUACACAAAACACAUAUCAUAUCACAUUUAUGAAAA